GCAGGUGGAAGACCUCCUCCACAGGUGGCAGGUGAUGUCUCACCAAGAGGUCUUGGCGGUGGAACAGCCAGUUGCAAGGGAGGCCUGAAGGACAGGGAUCCCCAGUUCUGAAGCAGCCUUUGGCCCCCAGUCACUGAGGUUUACCAUUCCGGCACAUUAGGGUGGGACUGGGUCGAGCUGCUUCAGAAAAACAUUUCCGUAGGCAGGAUAACAAUCUGUACCCAAGUUGAAACAGCGUAUCUGGCUCAGAAUUUUCCCCUCUGCAAGUGCAAAGCGCAAAAAGCAGUUUCUAAUCCUUGACAAGAGGGAGACCCCGUUCAUUUUACAGAGAAGGAAAAUGGGUCCAGAAAGGCGCAGAGUGACUGGAUUAGAACUCCGUCCGUAGCCCGCCCUUCCUGAGCUGCCCACCGGCGCCCGCAGCACCCUAGGCCGCCCGAGGCCCUCCUCCGCGGCGGGGUCUGAGAUGUCUCGCACCUGCGACUUGAGAUGGCUGAGGGCCCCCAGGUGGGGUGGGGCUGGGCCCCGGCGAUUGGCUCGCUGGCCCGGGGGUGGGGGCGGUAAAGGGAAGGGGCGGCUGGGCGCGCAGGAGGGAUAGUCCUGGGCCGCCGCAGGGUAGGUCCCUGCCUGCGCAGCGCGGGCCUCGCGGUGACCCACUUCUCGUCUCCCCCGCACCCGGCUGGGUCCACCAUGAACGCCGGCGGCCAGGGCUACCCGUUGGCCUCGCUCUACGUGGGCGACCUGCACCCAGACGUGAACGAGGCCAUGCUCUAUGAGACGUUCUCGCCCGCCGGCCCCAUCCUGUCCAUCCGCGUGUGCCGCGACGUGGCCACCAGGCGCUCGCUGGGGUACGCCUACAUCAACUUCCAGCAGCCGGCCGACGCCGAGCGGGCACUGGACACAAUGAACUUUGAGUUGAUCAAAGGCCAACCCAUCCGCAUCAUGUGGUCACAGAGAGACCCAGGACUCCGCAGAUCAGGUGUGGGCAACAUCUUCAUCAAGAACCUGGAGGACUCCAUUGACAACAAGGCUUUAUAUGAUACCUUCUCCACCUUUGGGAACAUCCUCUCUUGCAAGGUGGUAUGUGACGAGCACGGCUCUCGGGGCUUCGGCUUUGUGCAUUUUGAGACCCAUGAGGCUGCGCAGCAGGCCAUCAGCACCAUGAACGGGAUGCUGCUGAAUGACCGCAAAGUCUUUGUUGGCCACUUCAAGUCUCGAAGGGAGCGGGAGGCCGAGCUGGGCGCCCGGGCCCUGGAGUUCACCAACAUCUAUGUGAAGAACCUGCACGUGGACACGGACGAGCAGGCCCUGCAGGACCUCUUCUCCCAGUUUGGAAAGAUGCUGAGUGUGAAGGUGAUGAGGGACAACAGCGGCCACUCCCGGGGCUUCGGCUUUGUCAACUUUGAAAAGCAUGAGGAAGCCCAGAAGGCUGUGGACCAAAUGAAUGGGAAGGAGGUGAGCGGGCUGCUGCUGUAUGUGGGCCGAGCCCAGAAGCGGGCAGAGCGGCAAAAUGAGCUGAAGCGCAGGUUCGAACAAAUGAAGCAGGACAGGCAGAACCGCUACCAGGGCGUGAACCUGUACGUGAAGAAUCUGGAUGACUCCAUUGAUGACGAGAGACUGAGGAAAGUGUUCUCUCCCUACGGAGUGAUUACCAGUGCGAAGGUGAUGACAGAGGGUGGCCACAGCAAGGGGUUUGGCUUUGUGUGUUUUUCCUCUCCAGAAGAGGCAACCAAAGCUGUGACAGAGAUGAAUGGGCGCAUCGUGGGCACCAAGCCUCUGUACGUGGCAUUGGCCCAGCGCAAAGAGGAGCGGAAGGCCAUCUUGACCAACCAGUACAUGCAGCGCCUCUCCACGGUGCGGGCCUUGGGCCGCCCCCUCUUGGGCUCCUUCCAGCAGCCCUCCAGCUACUUCCUGCCCGCUCUGCCCCAGCCUCCGGCCCAGGCUGCGUACUGUGCCUCUGGCUCCAUGGCCUCCAUCCAGCCUGCCCCCAGGUGGACAGCCCAGCCACAUAGACCUUCAUCCGUCUGUCCUCCAGCUGCUGCAAUGGUCCGGCCAACAGGCAUGUCUCGGCACCCCCAGGCCCACGCUGGCAGUGUCAGUCAGGCCUCCACUCAGGAGCUCCACCCGGUGCACCACGCCCAGAGAGUGGCCAACAUUGGUACCCAGACGAUAGGACCCAGUGGGGCGGGAUGCUCUACACCAGGCCGGCCUCUACCGCCAUACAAAUGUCCCUCAACUGUACACAGUACCCGUGGGGUCCAGGAGCCUGCUGUGCACGUGCCUGGCCAAGAGCCCCUGACCGCAUCCAUGCUGGCUGCAGCGCCCCUGCAUGAGCAAAAGCAGAUGAUUGGGGAGCGUCUUUACCCGCUUGUCCAUAACGUACACAACCAGCUGGCCGGCAAGAUCACAGGCAUGCUGCUGGAGAUCGACAACUCAGAGCUGCUGCUCAUGCUGGAGUCUCCAGAGUCCCUCCACGCCAAGAUAGAAGAGGCUGUGGCAGUGCUGCAGGCACACCAGGCCAUGGAGCAGCCAAAGGCAUACAUGCAUUGAAAUCAGAAAAUGGAUUCCUUACUCCUGUGGCUGUCAAGAGAAACAGCAUCUCCUGCUCUCAGCCCUGAGGCCCUGUGAACUAUAACUUAUUUCCCAACUGGACUGAAUCUUUACUUGAGCCCUCUACAUGGAAUGAAGGCUGUCACCAAGCCAGCCAUUUUCCCUUUUGUUUUGUGCAUUAAAAGUGCUGCAAAAUCUGG